GGAGGGUUGCAGCUUUUAGAACCACAGACACAGAGUAGAGGCUUCAUUCCCAGCUCCAAAAAUCCAGCCUCACGCACCCUAUUGCGCCAAGAAAGCCAGAAGCCGGCGUGUAAGCCUUUCUUCGUCCGCGAAUCGAGCCCACCAGGACUGAGGACAUAUCGGGGGGCCCUGUACGGAGAGAUUCCUGCGAAAAAAAAAGAGAGAGAAAAAAAAAAGGAACCGGGUUCGGUCGCUGGCAUGCUGUGAGAAUUACCUCCAGCUUUGAGAAGCGCUCCUUCCGUCAUGCAGUGCACCUGCAAGAAGACAUCCAGUUGACGGACCGGACUGCUGAAAAAAAAGAGAGAGAGAGAAGAGGGGGAACUUUAAGGGGAAGAAGUUGCCAUCGGAUCGGGGCUGGAGGGGGGUCCAAAUUAUAAGUCCCUCCAUCGAUUAGAAUCACAUUUUUUCUCCACAAUUCCCCCCCUCGAUAGGAAGGCGAAACGGCGACUUCAGUUGAUUAUCUGUCUUUCCUUUGCUAUCCAAUGGAUAUCCACUGCAAAGCAGACCCCUUCACGGCGAUGCACCGGCACGGAGGUGUGAACCAGCUCGGCGGGGUGUUCGUGAACGGCAGACCCCUCCCGGACGUGGUGAGGCAGCGGAUAGUGGAGCUGGCCCACCAGGGCGUCCGGCCCUGCGACAUCUCCAGACAGCUGCGGGUGAGCCACGGCUGCGUCAGCAAGAUCCUCGGCAGAUACUACGAGACUGGCAGUAUCAAGCCUGGAGUCAUUGGUGGGUCCAAACCCAAAGUGGCCACUCCGAAAGUAGUGGAAAAAAUAGCAGACUACAAGAGACAAAAUCCCACCAUGUUUGCCUGGGAGAUCAGAGACAGACUGCUGGCAGAGGGCAUCUGCGACAACGACACUGUUCCCAGCGUCUCAUCCAUUAAUAGGAUCAUCAGAACAAAGGUCCAGCAGCCUUUCCAUCCGUCUCCUGAUGGAUCAUCGCUUUCGACGCCCGGUCAUACAAUAGUACCAAACACAGUUUCCCCACCUGUAACCAGCGCCUCCAACGACCCUGCGGGAUCCUACUCCAUUAACGGGAUUUUGGGUAUUCCUCGAUCCAACGGAGAGAAGAGAAAAAGAGAUGACGAUGGUUCAGAUGGUUCUGGCCCAAACAGUGAUUCUCAGGGUAGCGUGGAGAGUUUACGGAAGCACCUAAGGGCAGACGCCUUCACCCAGCAGCAGCUGGAAGCUUUGGACCGGGUCUUUGAGCGCCCCUCGUACCCCGACGUCUUCCCCACCUCGGAUCAUGUCAAACCGGAACAGGCUAAUGAGUACUCGCUCCCUGUCCUGAAUUCCAGCCUGGACGAAGUCAAGCCCAGUUUAUCCUCUAGCGCCAACCCAGACCUGGGCCCCAGUGUGUCGCAAAGCUACCCUGUAGGCCGGGAUAUGGCAAACACGACCUUACCCGGGUAUCCCCCUCACGUUCCCCCAACAGGCCAAGGCAGCUACCCAACCUCAACACUCGCUGGAAUGGUUCCUGGGAGUGAGUUUUCGGGGAACCCCUACAGUCAUCCACAGUACACAACCUACAACGAAGCCUGGCGAUUCAGCAAUCCAGCAUUACUAAGUUCCCCUUAUUAUUAUAGUGCCGCAUCGAGAGGCUCCGCCCCUCCCACUGCUGCCACUGCCUAUGACCGUCACUAGUUACCAUGGAAACCAAAUCAACCUGCAGGACCACGGCCUCAGUCUCCAUAUUGCCCAGGUGUGAAGAACACGGUCCACCGGACACUGAGCAAAAAGUGCAUAAAAUGUCCCCGACUAACAAAAAAAUAAUAAUAAAAAAAAGACAAAAAUAGAGGAGAAUAUUCAUGGAUUCAACACAACCGCCAUCUUCUCUCAUUACAGCUUUUUUUUUAAUUCUUUUUUUUUUUUUGGACACCCAAAGCCAAAAAAAAAUAAAAGCAAAACACAAUUAUGGAACAGUGAAAGUUUGAACCCUUGGCUAAUUGCAAUGGUUUUAAAAAAAAACAGGACUCCAGACAAAAACAUCCUGAAUUUAUUUUCCCCACCUGUGGUGCCACUCUUUUAUCCAUAACAGAUCAAUACUGUACAUUCCUUUCCUCAAUGGGUCCCAGCAGGGAUACUGUCCACAGCUUGAAAUGUAUCAGCAGGGUUUUUUUUCUCCCCUUUUUUUCCCUUUUGCCAUUUGUCUCCCACUCGAAUCAAAUCGCAAUGCACAGAGAUCAAGGGAGAUGAGCAGCAACCCGCGCAGGCUGUGGCAGUUGUUUUUCAGUCCAUCUGAGCAGGCACUGACCAAACAUCCAGCAUGAGUGGAAGAGAAAAAAAAAUCAAUCGCUUUUGAUGCCGUGAGAAGAUUAGGACAUGUUUUCUGUGAGACACAAUCAAGAUGUAAAAAUGAAAAAUGAAAUAAACACCUGUUUGAAAAAUAGUGGGAACCAUGUUAUUAUAGCACCAUGGCUCACUAUUUGCAAGGUUUCCAGUUAAAAUAAUUUUUUUAUUUCAUUUUUUUAUCAUUUGUAAAGACUAAUUUGCAGACUGCUUGGCUAAUGUUUGACUUGUUCUCUUAUUUGUCAGGAAGGUAAUCAGGCAAAACCUUUUGAGUGUUUUAUUUUUGUGUUAAGUUUGCACUAUUUUGGAGGUUUGCAACACUGGACUGUGGUUAUGCAGAAAAACUAAAUGUGCAUAUUUGUUUUAUGUAAAAAAGAAAAACUGACUGUAAGCCUUAUGCGUCUCAGUCUGUAAAGGCACUUACAGUUUUACAAAGCCCAUCAUCUCACUGACUUGAUGUGCACUAUACUACUUUAUGUUCCCACUGCUUAUGUUUAAGUUCAUUAAGUCUUUGGCAUUCAACUGCAGAAGUAAGGAUAUAACAGCCAUUCCAAAUCUAAUUUGUCUGGAUUCACUCUGAUUGGAUGAUUCUGACAUCGAAAAGCAGGGUGACAAUUUCAACUAUAAAUGCCUUAAACAUGUGCUCUCCUAACUUUAACUCCCGCAUGUUUCAGGACAAGUAAUUUUUUUUUUCAGCAAAGCUGGAAUCAUUUUUCUUCUUCAUCUGUCAAGUGAAUGUAUUUGCGUUUGCCAAAGACUUAGUUAUUUUUAAUGUUAAUUUACAGGCCUCCGAUAUGCAUCAUGAGAGCAGUAUUAUUGUUAUUAUUAUUGUUACUACUAUAAUUAUUGUUAUUAGAAAAGCCCACAAUGUUCACAAGGAAAAUUAUAUGUAUAAAUUCUAUGCAGUGCAAAGAUGGUCAUCAUAUGCAUAUUCAGCUGUAAACCUAAAGGUAGGUGGAGUUUAUUUAACGUUAUGUUAUUUACAAUUUGUUCGUUUUGUAGAAGCAUUUUGUGUGUGCGUAUGCGCGUGUGUGCGUGCGAGAGGAUGAGGGUAUGAGUGGGGGCGUGCGUGCGUGUGUGUAUGUGUGUGCGAUAUGAAGACACUUCUCUGUAUAUACAGUAAGGAAAAACUGUCUUUCAUGUUCAUGGGUAUUAUCACUUUCAUUAUGCCGGUAUCACUUGUACAAUAAUAAAAGUGUCUGAAAUCUUUUAUGCAAAA